CUAGCACUCGACUUCCAGAGUGUCUUCUUGGUCUAGAAUAUCCUAGAUUUGCAACGUAGAAGCAUGAUCGAUGUAUAUAUAGGAAGGAAGGUAGACUUGUGUAUGUGUGUGAGGGUUGGUGUGUGAGGAGUAGAAUGGGAAGGAGGCCUUGUUGCUCUAAAGAGGGACUGAAUAGAGGGGCAUGGUCGGCAUGGGAAGAUAAGAUCCUCCGUGAUUACAUCAAAACCCAUGGUGAAGGCAAAUGGAGAGAUCUUCCAAAAAGAGCAGGAUUGAAACGCUGCGGAAAGAGUUGUCGUCUCAGAUGGUUGAAUUAUUUAAGGCCUGAUAUCAAGAGAGGUAAUAUAUCUCAUGAUGAGGAGGAUCUCAUCAUCAAGCUCCACAAGCUCCUUGGAAACCGUUGGUCCCUCAUAGCGGGCAGAUUGCCAGGGCGAACAGACAAUGAAAUCAAGAACUAUUGGAACACAAAUCUUAGAAAGAAAGUGAAAUCCCAACAAUCUAACUUGGAGAAAUGUAUCGACAAAUCCAAAGCCAAUAAGGCUCCGAAAGGAGACUCGGUGGAAGCAGCUGCAAGGGUCGAUGACCAAUUCCAUCCGGUGAUCCGAACCAAAGCAGUGAGAUGCACCAAGGUCUAUCUCCCCUUGCAACAAGAUGAUAUGGUGGCUGACCACAGCUUGGAACCUAUGUGCAAUGACAGCCCAUCCAAAUGGGUCCCUCAGGAUGGUGACCCUUCCAACAUUUUGAUUGAUUUCGAUAUGAAAGAGCUUGUGUUGAGAUUCGAAGAUGAUUUCUUUCAACCUUGUGUCCAAGAUUGCCAAAACAGUGGCAACUCUGCUGAUGGCAAUGUUGGGGGGGGUUCAAUUUGGUCCAAUGAAGCCAUGCAGGAGGAUUGGAGGGGAAGGGUUAUCCAAGAACCUAAUGUGGCCUCCAAGCUAAGAACUUUGGCUACUUUUUUAGAUUCUGAGGAGGAAUGGCAGGAAAAAUAAUGGAGAAAUUAAGGUCUCUCAGGGGAGGAUUGUAUUAUUUGUACAUGUCUGAUGCAUAUAAACAUGUCUCUGUUCAUGUGACAGCACUCACUUUCAUGUCAUCGUAGCUGAAGAUUCCAAGAAGAAAACCGUAUCUCCUGCUGUCGGUCAUGCCAAGUGGUGAAGCAUGCUUCAUAGACAAAGGGAAAAUGUCUGUUUUGUUUUAGUUCGUGUGUUAGUACUUUUCUUUUGUCCAUUAUAAUCUAAGCUCAUCAAUCUCGUGCUUAUUAUCAAA